UUAGUUCGGCCCCGCGGACGACGACAAAAACACUCGCGCUUUCUUCCUCAUUCACUCGUCUUCAACUUGUGUCUCAGAGAACAGAUUUGGACGCACCCAUGGCGAGAGACCCCACUAAGCCGAGAGGCAAAACCUCAUCCUACGCUUACUUUGUCGCGACCUGUCGCGAGGAGCACAAGAAGAAACACCCGGGCACCAGCGUCAACUUCUCUGACUUUUCCAAGAAGUGCUCCGAGAGAUGGAGAAAUAUGACUGGUAAGGAGAAGUUGAAGUUCGAAGACAUGGCCAAGGUCGACAAAGUGCGAUAUGAUCGUGAGAUGAAGAACUACAUCCCACCCAAAGGAACAAAGAAGGGCAAGAAGAAGAAGGACCCCAAUGCCCCAAAGAGGCCACCCUCUGCUUUCUUUGUCUUCUGUUCCGACCACCGUCCGCGGAUCAAGGAGGAGCACCCCGGCAUCUCCAUCGGCGACAUCGCCAAGAAGCUCGGCGAGUUGUGGUCAAAGCAGACGCCCAAGGACAAGGCUCCCUAUGAGGCGAAGGCCGGCAAACUGAAGGAGAAAUAUGAGAAGGAAGUCGCUGCGUACAGGGCAAAGGGCGGCAUUGGGAAGAACGACGCCGGAAAGAAGAGUGGUCCCGGCCGGCCCUCCGCCAAGAAGGCGGAGCCUAUAGACGACGACGAUGACGAUGAUGAGGACGACGACGAGGAAGAGGACGAUGAUGACGACGACGAGGAUGACGACUAAGCGGCGGGUUGGCGGGCAUUGGUUGGGCUUAAACUCGUGUUUUUGUUUUUUGUGCGUCUGAUUGCAACAGUAAAUAUAAGGAGCCUGCUGUCCCUGCUGGUCUGUCUCUGUAGACCCAGACCUGUUCUUUCAUUCAGGGAUUUAGUUUGAUAACGUCACUUAGUCCCAUGGUUGUUUUUAUUUUUUUUUUCUUCGUCUCUCCCUCCUCCCACCAAAUGUGAGUUGGUUACAGUUUGAAUCUUGACUUAAAACAGGCGGCGACGACAUGAACUUCCUGUGCUAAUAAGAGACUGGACUGGAACUUGUGCACAGGCGGUGGACAGCAGCCAAUAAUCGGUUAACAAUUUUAAGAAAGUUAUUGUUUUUCUGGAAGCACUGCGUAAUGUUCUCUGUCCCGCGGUGCGGUUUCUUCACUCGUUUUACCGCCACAGGAUUUGUCUGUAGUUUCAUUAAACAUGUUUGCAGCCAUUUUUUAAAAAUGUGGAGACUUAAAAAAAACUUUCAUGUAGGUUGAAUUUUUUUCUUUUUGUAAUAAAAUUUUGUAUAUUGAUAA